GAGAAAAUGGCAACCAACACGCCAAAAGGUGCUCUCGCCAUAUCUGUAUUUCCCUAUAAGCAGCUCGAAGAAGCUGAUAGUAUUCGACUAAUCCAUCUUCACCCAGCCUCGUCCAGGGAGGUUGAAGUGAAAUGCGAGCUCAUUCACACCACACUUAGGAUAUGUGAGGAUAUCUAUGAUCAAUACACUGCCGUCUCAUAUGUGUGGGGUGAUCCGAACAAUACCAAAGUGAUAUGGGUUGACGAAACCCCUCUUCCGAUAACGGUCAACCUCUAUUCAGCGUUUGUGGAUUUGCGUCACGAGAAGAAAGCCUUGCUACUCUGGGCAGACGCCAUAUGUAUCAACCAAUGCGACAACGAAGAGAAGUUAAAACAGGUUGCGAUGAUGGGAAGGAUAUACUCGGUGGCGAAUCACACAGUGAUAUAUCUGGGAUUCCUUGUUGCCGAAUUCGAAGCUAUUUGGAAUCAAUGUGCUAUGACCAGCGUCGAACAGUCACCGGCCUUGACUGAGUUCGUUCAUACUGCGCUAAAUCAGGUAUGGUUUCAACGUGUCUGGGUAUUUCAAGAACUUGUCUUUUCACAGGAUCCUCGAGUUCAGUUCGGCAGGGCUCGCAUUCCGUGGAAUACCUUUCACCAGGCGAUGUCUUCGCUCAUGAACUCAGGAACAUUGUUAAGACUCAACUCAAAGGCUAUGCAUGGUUCCACGCUCCUCUCUCAAAUGCACCGAGCUCGCGAGAGCCAUCAAAAGGCCAUAUGGUCAGAAGAUCCCGACCCGGAAAUGCUGCCGAUUAAGGUGAAAGCGGAGUCCCUAACGAUGUUGGAGUUGCUGCGAGCCAGAAGAGGUCUAGGAGUCACGGAUCCGAAAGACAUGAUCUUCGCACACCUUGGAUUUGCCUCGGAUGGGCAGGAACUAGGUCCGAAGGUGAACUAUUCCAUGAGUUGUGCAGAGGUAUUCCACUCCUUUGCUCGCUCCAUGAUCGAUACGGGCUUCCACUUGGCGCUCUUCGGCGAACUUAGUGACGGGUGUCCUUCUGCUCGAGUUACGGGCUUAGCCUCCUGGACUCCUGAUUGGAGCAUGGCAAAAAAAUCCAGAAGCCUAUUUCAGCCAGUCUAUGCUCGGUUUGGUAAUGGCCAGGCGCCAAUAACAUGGUUUCUUGAUGACGAUCCCAGUCUUCCGAAUACGCACAUAUUCAUCCACGAGCCUCCAAUUCUAGCCUGUCUAGGCGCUGAAUUCGACAUCGUGCUUCAUGUCAAGGGUCCUCUCACCAGAGUCGCCGAACUCUACCACAAACACCGCGAUAUCCUGAUGCGGUUCGAAAAAGUCACAGCAAACCCUUUUGAAUCCACGUUUGAGAUAUUUGAACAGAGCUAUAGGGAUUUGUAUGAGCUCGUUUGGCGGCAAGGUAUUAAAGACCAGGAUGUUCUGCCAGCGCCGGACUCCGAGGACCUUUGUCGCAUGUGGCUGCACCUGGUCAGGGUUACCACUGAGGAUCCCUUGUUCGUGCCUACGAACCUGUUUGAAGUCCACAAACGAUUGGAAUAUAUAAUGACGAAGAUUGAUUCUGCAUCUGAUAAGAGUCAGAGUAUUGACGAGCUCGCUUUGGCACGCAUGGAGAGCGGGUUGUUGGUCUUAGUGCCCAGGUCAACACAGCCUGGCGAUUUGGUUGUGGAAUUACUGCUUCCUAGGCGUCAGAACGUGUUGCACUGUGUAAUAAUACAUCCUAUAACAGCCGAGAGCGGAGCCUUCGAAUCCGUGGUAAGAAACAAACUUUGCCGUCCAACCUGGCCUGUUCUCAAUUGUAGGAUAGUAGGAGGAAUUUGGUUACCCCGACCCAGGAUUGAAGUGUACGAAGAGGUGGUCUCAAGGCUUCGAGAGUUUCCUCCGCAAAUUGUGCCAAAUAAGAAGGUGUCUGGGAUCCAGGACGUUCCUCCUGGAAGUGGAGUAAACACCGAAGGCACCGACCAGGUAGUGUCAAGGCUUGGGGAGCUUUCUCCGCACAUUGAAGCAAAUGAGAAAGUAUCUGAGAUUCAGGAGGUUUCUCCUGAAAACGAAGUGGGCACGGAAGGUUGGUUCACGUUGAAGAUUUUCGCUAUCCACUAGUUUGGCUCUCUCGAAUACAGAGAUAUCCUGUGGAUUCUCGAACUCCAGAGCCCUUGCGUUGGAGCUUGCUUUUGGACUCGUCGGUAGGGCUUUAAGUGCUCUCGUAAUGACCAAACUUGGGACUGUUGCAAUUGAAAGCGGUAAACUUCUGAGGUAGAGGUGGCUCUCUAAGAAUUUGACACGAGGAGAUAUAGUAUCAUCUAGUUUUCAAAUCGGGAAUUUACAUCCGAG